UUGCCGCUCUUCUAUUGAACAAGCCGGCCAUUUCUAAAUUGUGAAGCUGCGUGUCUAGUAAUUGACUAGCAUCAUUGCAAAAAAGUCUGUUGCAGUGUUAUAAUAACUUGCAGAUAUUUUAUAAGAUAGACUACAUUCAAAUAAAAUGGGUGACGAGAAAAAGAAUAACGAAUCGGAACACAUCAAUUUGAAGGUACUUGGUCAAGAUAACGGUGUAGUUCAAUUCAAAAUCAAAAAACACACUCCUUUGAGGAAAUUGAUGAGUGCAUACUGUGACAGAGCUGGUUUAAGCAUGCAAGUACUCCGAUUCCGAUUCGAUGGAAACCCAAUCAACGAAACAGACACACCUACAUCUUUGGAUAUGGAAGAAGGCGACACUAUAGAAGUAUACCAACAACAGACAGGUGGAUGUUAUUGAAUAAAGAUGAAUUUAAUCCUAUAGUCUUUUCCAUUUCCAUAUUUAUUAAAGAAAUGUAUAUUGAAUUGGAAAAGGUUCCACAUUUUUUAGGAAUAAGUUAACUUUAACUUUAUUUUUAAGAGUAUCUCAUCAAUCUACUGUUUUCUUUCAUGAGAAAGUUGUAAAUUAAAUUACCUUCCAAAUUUUAAACGUUCUGAAUAAACUUCUUUUGAUAUUA